AUGGCACACUUUAACCACUCGUUCAUUCGUUGUUUCAUCAUUCUUCUCGGACUUCAAGCUUGCUCAGCGGCUGUUGCGCCAUCUGGAUGCUCCAAGCUUCCUACUGACGACGACUGGCCCACGGCUGAGGAGUGGCAAGCAAGGCUACCCGGAAUCAUCAACCAAACUUCAAGCGACGCCAACGGACCCCUUCCUAACUACCGUAUCCGCGCCAAGAGCUACUCGGAGGUUCAAAACGCCGUCAAGUUCGCCGCCUCGAAGAACAUUCGCCUCACUAUCAUCACAACCGGGCAUGACGAACUCGGCCGCAGCGACGCCGGUUCUGGACUAAUCAUUGACUUGUCGCUUCUUAGAGGAGCCAGAGUCUUAAAGUCAUUCACUGCAACCAAGGAGGGUGUUGAGAGCCCUGCGGCUGAUGAGGAAUUGAAGACGAUCGAACCCGAAAGUGGUUCACAGGCGGCAGUCACGUUCAAUCCGGCCAUGGGAAGUCUGGCUAUGAACUACGGUCUAGAAUCCUCUGGCUUAUUCAUUGUGGGCGGCACAGCUCAAGGAGUGGCAAUCGGGGGUGGAUGGGGUCAAAAUGGAGGAUAUGGGCCCCUCACUGCACAGUAUGGCCUUGGUGUAGACCAGUGGCUUGAGGCUAAAGUUGUCACGCCGGACGGCGAACUCCGCGUCGCCAAUGAAGUAUCCAACUCUGAUCUUUUCUGGGCUAUCAGAGGUGGCGGAGGCGGUACGUUUGGCGUUGUCGUCGAAGCAACAUGGAAAGUGUAUCCUACUAUCCCCAUCCUCGGCUUCCAUUGGUACAUUAACUCCACCCUCGUGAUUAACGACACCGAUGCAGAGAGCGGCAAAACUCCUACCAGCGAAGCCCUGGCAUACCUGUUUUCUGUGCUGCCGGAACUCCAGGAGAAGGGCAUCUCCGCGUACUUGUUCGUCCUCAACGACAACAUCAGGUGUCACGCCAUCCACCCGGGACCAUUGGCGAACGCGCAAGAUGCGAACGAAGUCUGGGGUCCAAUUCUCGAAAAGAUGCAGACAUAUGAAGGCAUGACUCCUUUUCAGAGCAAACAUUUCCAUUUCGAUAGCUACAAGGAGUUCUUCCAGGAAACAUACGGACAGCUCGAGGCUUUUAAUUCUACCGACUUACCUCGCAAUCAUGGCGUCGUCCCCUUUGACAGUCGUCUCCUUGGCGACGAGCACCUGAAGAGCCCCAAUCUUACACAUGCGCUUCGAAAGACGGGAGGAAACUUUGGCGUCUUGAUGACAUCGCCCGGCAUGGCGGUUGGAAAUGGAUCGAACACUGCCGUCAACCCCGGCUGGAGAAAGGCUACCGUCUUGCUAAACGGCUUCAAAUCUAAUACCACCAACGUUGAUGAGCUCCGCGAGCUCGCGCCAGACAUGGGCACAUAUAUCUGCGAGGCCAGCGCUGAUGAGCCCGAAUGGUCGACUUCUUUUUGGGGCUCAAAUUACCGCCGUCUCUCUGCCCUCAAAUCUGAGCUGGACCCGAAUAUGGUCUUCUGGACAACCCCUGGCAUCAACGCCGACUACGUGAAAGCCGCUGAUGGUCGAGCCUGCCUGGUCGACCCCAAGCCGGAAACGCCCUCGCAGUAUCCGCCGCAGAAUGAGAGGCGCGUUAUUGCUGACCUCGAAAACGACCGCAACUUCCUCUUCAGUGAGCAGGAGAUUAACGGCAAACAAUUCCCCGCUCCGGGAACUCUUGUGGGCCUGCAGCCCGCAUAA